UACUAAUUAAGAAUAUCAUAAAUUCAAUAAGAUUCAUUCAGUAUUUUGGCUAAUAUCUUAUGAGAGAAUCCGUAAUUCUCGGCCAGCCGACAGGCGUCUCCACUAUGUCGCCUGAUAAAAGUGACUUCAUUCUCAAGUAUUCUUAACCUAAAAGUUGAUGGUGAUUGUAAAUACAGAUCAUUAAUUAAUAGAUCAUUAAUUGAAUGAACAGUUGAGAAAGAAAAAAAUUAAUAAAUAAUCUGAUAUUUAAAUAUUUAAAAAAUCGAUAAGGACAUUAGAAAUUUGCUUGAUUACAUCGAAAAAUUGCUUCCAUAUAAUAAAAAUGCCGACCAUUGGAAUAAAACGUGAUUUAUUAUUUCAAACAUUGGGCAAGACAUAUUCGGAUGAUGAGUUUCAAGAUUUAUGUUUCAAAUUUGGUUUAGAACUGGAGAGAGGUGGUAAGUAUUGAACUACAACAGAGAAACAAAUGAUAGCAAAAGAACAAGGUGUUAAUCAAGAUAUAGAUGCAUCUGAAGAGAUCAUUUACAAAAUUGAUACUGCUAAUAGAUAUGACCUUUUGUGCUUGGAGAGUUUAAGUGUUGGGCUACUUAUUUUUAUAAACAAAAUAUCCAUUCCGCAUUAUAAAGCAAUAACACCAAAGACAGGAAUGGAAAGGAUUGUGAUGCGUCCAGAAUGCUUAAAAGUAAGAGGCCACCUAGUCGCAGCAAUUCUACGCAAUGUUACUUUGACACAAGAUUCUUACAAUAGCUUUAUUGAUCUUCAAGACAAGUUGCACCAAAAUAUAGGUAGAAAACGUACUCUAGUUUCUGUCGGUACUCAUGAUUUAGAUACAAUCAAAGGUCCAUUUUUGUAUGAUGCCAAACCACCAUCGAAGAUACAUUUCAAACCACUUAAUCAGAAUAAGGAAUAUACAGGUGAAGGCAUCAUGCAAUUAUAUGCAACACAUGCGCAACUCAAACAAUAUUUGCCUAUCAUAAAGGACAGUCCUGUUUAUCCCGUAAUAUAUGACAGCAAUGGAGUUGUUUUAUCUCUUCCUCCUAUAAUUAAUGGAGAUCAUUCAAAAAUAACAGUUAAUACAAAAAAUAUUUUUAUUGAAUGCACUGCAACCGAUCUUACAAAGGCGAGAAUUGUGGUGGACACUAUAGUCUGUGCUUUUAGUCAGUAUUGCAACAAAAAGUAUACUGCUGAAACAGUAGAAGUAGUGUAUCCUGAUAAUCAAACUUUUCAUUAUCCAAGCUUGAAGUAUCGAACGGAAGUGAUUGACUGUAAUAAAGCGACAAGUUGUGUCGGUAUUAAACAGACACCAGAACAGGUUGCACAGUUAUUGUCAAAGAUGUCAUUAAAAUCUAAGGUAAAGAAUGAUAACUUAGUGGUCGAAAUACCACCCACGAGGCACGAUGUGAUACAUCCUUGCGACAUUUAUGAAGAUAUUGCCAUUGCUUAUGGAUAUAACGAGAUAAAAAAAACUAUACCACAUAUGUCAACAAUUGCAGCAGAGUUUCCACUCAACAAACUUACUGAUCAGAUACGAAUAGAAUUAGCACAGGCAGGAUUUACCGAGGCGCUAACUUUUCUCUGGUGUUCACGUGAAGAUGUAGCAGAUAAAUUGGGUCAUAAAAUAGAAGAUGUACCAGCAGUUCAUAUAUCUAAUCCGAAAACUUUGGAGUUCCAGGUUGCACGUACUUCACUGUUACCAGGAUUACUUAAAACGAUAUCUGCGAAUAAGAAGGUACCAUUGCCUCAUAAAUUGUUUGAAGUUUCUGAUGUUGUAUUACGAGACGAUAAGGCAGAAGUUGGUGCGCGUAAUAAUCGUCGUUUAUGCGCGGUAUACGCUAAUAAAUCAGCUGGUUUUGAAAUAAUCCAUGGUCUAGUAGAUAGAAUAUUGUUACUACUGGAAAUACCUUGGAGUGUUAACAAAGACAAAACCGGAUAUUAUUUGCGUACAGCUGAUGACCCAACAUUCUUCCCUCAACGGUGUGCUGAAAUUGUUUGCUAUGGUGAAGUAAUAGGAAAAAUGGGAGUUUUACAUCCAGAUGUACUUUCAAAGUUCGAAUUAAAUGUCCCAUGUUCUGCUAUGGAAAUAAACAUCGAAUCAUUUGUAUAAUAAAAAUAAGUAUGCCAAUAA